AUCUCUAUAUUUCCUUCGUUCUCCGAUCAUUUGGGGCAAAUUUAUUUCUCUAUGCAGCAUUGGACGCUCGCCACGCAUCGGGCUCGGUGUCUCGCUCCGCUUCGCUCGCCACACUUUACUAUUCCAUAUAGAUUGUGACAUGGACCCAGGGGGUUAUGGGAAAGGUCCUUAGCGCGAAGAGAAUCUAGACGCUACCGCUUCCGUAUUGUGUGUGACAGGGAACAUGCUGACCCUGAGUCGCUGCCGGCUGCCGAGGACCCUCCGCUCCUGGGGGGUGAGAGCGGCCUCGGAGGUGACCGGCAGCAGCGAGAGCUCCGGGCAGAGGAGGUACCGGGACACCGUGCUGCUGCCACACACCGACUUCCCCAUCCGCCGGGGCCCCGGGGAGACUGCCAGCGCCGAGCUGCGACUGCAAGAGGAGAGUAAUUUCCUGCAGCUGUAUAACAAGCAAAGAGCCAUAAAAACAAAGAAGGAAUUCAUUCUGCAUGAUGGCCCCCCUUAUGCCAAUGGUGACCCCCAUGUCGGACAUGCCCUGAAUAAGAUUCUAAAGGACAUUACAAAUCGCUUUCAUGUGAUGAGGGGCUACAGAGUCAGCUACGUACCAGGGUGGGAUUGCCAUGGGUUGCCGAUUGAACUCCGAGCCUUGGCUGACAUGGGGGAAGAAUCUGAGAGUCUGUCACCGAUGGAGAUCAGAACCAGAGCCCGGGUGUUCGCAGAGAAAGCCAUUGAGAAGCAGAAAGCCUCGUUCAUCCGCUGGGGGAUAAUGGCGGACUGGGAUAACGCCUAUUGCACCUUCCAUAAGAAGUAUGAAGCAAAACAACUAGAUGUCUUCUACAAAAUGCAUGAAAAGGGUCACAUUUACCAGGAUUACAGACCCGUAUUUUGGUCCCCAUCAACCAGGACAGCCCUGGCUGAGGCAGAACUAGAAUAUAACCAGCAGCACGUCAGCCGUGCCGUCUUCGUGAAGUUUCCUCUGCAGAAACCGCCUCCUAAGCUGGCGUCAUUAAUAGACGGGUCCACAGCAAUCAGUGCUCUGGUUUGGACAACACAGCCAUGGACCAUCCCAGCUAACCAGGCUGUGUGCUACAUGCCUGACACAGCAUAUUCCGUAGUAAAAUGUGCGACCACCGGAGAGCUGUAUAUUUUGGCUGCUGAUCGUGUCGAGUCUACUGCGCUUUCCCUGGGGACCAAGUUUGAGGUCAUUUCAACGUUUAAAGGAUCAGAUCUGGAAGGUGGAUCCUGUGCUCACCCCACAAUACCAGGACGCUCCUCAGCUCUCCUGGCUGCCAAUCAUGUGACUAUGGGAAAAGGCACAGGCCUUGUACACACCGCGCCCGCCCACGGCAUUGAAGAUUACAGCGUGGCUUCUCAUCACAAGCUGCCAAUGGACUGUCUGGUAGAUGAAUCUGGCUGCUUUACCUCUGGAGCCGGGGCUGAUCUGGAACAUAAAGCAGUGCUAGAAGCUGGAAAUGAUGCUGUCAUACAGAUGUUACUCGCUACCAAGAACCUGAUAAAGGAGGAGAGCUAUGUGCACAGUUACCCAUAUGACUGGAGGACGAAGAAGCCGCUCAUCAUCCGCGCCAGUCAGCAGUGGUUUGUCAAUACCGCCAACAUCAAGGACAAAGCUCAGGAAACUUUAAAGAAAGUAAAGUUUGUCCCUGCGUCAGCUGCCAGCCGGAUGCUUGAAAUGCUGGCCCGCCGGACGUACUGGUGUAUAUCCAGACAGCGGAGCUGGGGGGUCCCCAUUCCUGUAUUUUAUCAUAAGGAGACACGGGAGCCGCUGCUCAGCAGGCAUAGUGUGGGCCAUGUGAUUCAGCUGGUGGAGCAGCAUGGCAGUGACGUGUGGUGGACACAUCCUAUUGAAGAGUUACUUCCACAGUCCGUGCUACAGCAGGCUGGCGUCACUUCCAAUGUGCUGGACUUUGAGCCGGGGAGAGAUGUUCUGGACAUCUGGUUUGACAGUGGAACAUCGUGGGCCUCUGUUUUGGAAGAUGGGGAUCAGAGAGCGGAUGUGUACAUGGAAGGGAAAGAUCAGCUUGGCGGGUGGUUUCAGUCCUCUCUACUGACCAGUGUGGCCGCUCGGAAUAAAGCACCAUACAAGAACGUGGUUGUCCACGGCUUUACACUAAGUGAGAAAGGAGAGAAGAUGUCCAAAUCUGUGGGUAAUGUGGUGGACCCAGAUGUUGUUAUAAAUGGGGGACAGGUGAGAAUUUGUAUGUUCUCUUUAUGUAAUAUUUUUGACUUCGACAGUACCCACCUGUUAUUCUGUGUCUUACAGUUGCGGAACACAUUGCGGUUCAUGCUGGGUAACCUGUCCGGAUUCACCCCGGAGACUGACGCUGUCCCUGGCCCAGAGAUGUACAUUAUAGACCAGUAUAUGCUGCAUCUGCUUCAGGACUACGCCAGCAAGGUGUCGGAGGCGUACAAGAGCUAUGAGUUUGGGAAAGUUGUCCGUCUGUUGGAAGCUCUGGUCACCAGAGACCUAUCUAACUUCUACUUCAGCAUAGUGAAGGACAGGCUGUAUUGUGAAGAAGAGAGAGACCCCAAACGCCGCUCCUGCCAGACCGUCAUGGCGAAGGCUCUGGAUAUCGUGGUGCGCUCGUUUGCUCCCAUCCUUCCGCACCUGGCAGAGGAGGUGUUCCAGUAUUUGCCUUACAAGAAAGAGAGCGAGAGUGUGUUCCUCAGCGGCUGGAUCACAUCUCAUUCCAUGUGGAAGAAGCCGGGCCUGGAGGAAGCGGUGGAGGCCGCCUGCUCAAUCAGAGACGUCUUCCUCGGAGCAGUCCCCGGCAAGAAUGCGGCAGAGUAUGCGCUGAGCGUUGUCAUCCAGCCAGGCCUGCUGUUUGAGUUAAUGGAGACUCUGCAGGCGGAGGAGACAUCCAGCACCUCACAGCUGACUGAAUUGUUAAUGGCAUCUCAGACCACACUAGUGACGGAGCUACCGGUGGAUCUACCAGCAGACGCCAUUGUUCUGAAAGGCUCGUUUCUUAUCAACUUGGAAGGUGGGGACAUCUGUGAGGAGGAGAUGUAUAAAGUUGUAAUUCAGUCAUGUGCCAAAGAGCGAUGUCCUCGUUGCCGGAAAUACACCUCGCAAUCCUCUCUCACACCAUGUCCGCGCUGCCUGGAUGUCAUCGCAGGGAAAUGGAGCCAUUAGCCUGGGAGACGCUAAUUCUGGAGGAUUCUGUGGGUCAGGCGACAGUCCGCCCCCGCCAGAGUAUAGACAGGACAUUUAUCUGGAGAGCCGGCUCCGCGUCGUCCUUCUGUACAGGACACUGAUGCUGCGGCACAUCUAUCUAUCUCUGUAGCGUUUAUGGACAAUUGGAAAAUAUGCAAAAACAUUUCAGAUAUUUUUAUUCCUAAACUGUGCGAGGAAACAAAAUAACAGAAUGAUUGGUUGCUGUGGGCAACGGCCCAUUUCUCCUGCCCACCAGUUUUCUGAUCUGUUCCUCGGUGAGUGGAAGUAGGUCACACCUUAUUUUCCUGUGUAAAAGGCCCCGGUCGCAGCACCCAUCCUGUUAUAUGUUAUUUCUUAUAGCCAGAGGCAGGUUCCGGAUGACGGGCCAAGGACAGAACAAUAAGAUCCCGCAGACUGAGAAUAGGACGUCCGGAAAGACUGACGGCCAGAUGCAUCAUCGCUUGGAGAGUGAGAAAGUUCCAGCCAAUCAGAUCCUGUCAUUUUUUACACACAGCCUGUAACAUGGCAGAUAGGAGCUGAUAGAUAGGAGCUGAUUGGCUGCUACUUUACUCUCCAACGCUAGAUGCAUCAUGGCUUGAAUGUGUUUUUCUCGGUAUUCAGGAGACGCACUGUACAUCACUUUCCUCAGUCUGACAUUGUAUAUUUAUAGUGUGAAGAAAGCGUGGGAAAUCAGUUACAGAAAGUGGGGUUUUAUGGAAAUAAAUACUUUAAUAGGAA